AUGGUCCGCAUUCCAAAUUUCGUGAAACACACAAUAAUACGACCCCAACAUAUUCUCUUCCAGACGGCUACCCUAGUUCGAUGCAACCAAUCAAUUCCAUAUAUACGAGCGUUUCACCGAACGGCACACGCUUCUUCAGAAGCGUAUUAUAGUGUGCGAACGCCGAAAGGUGAAAACUUCCGUCUUCAUUUAGCCAAAUCCAGACAUGUAGUUGGUAUAAGAACCACAAGAGGUACAAGAGAAUACAAUGAAGAUCGAUUUCAGAUACUAGUCUUGGAUUUGGCCGUCUCAGACGGCAAACAGGCAGUUGCUGAUAAGACGACUGACGAGUCUGCUUAUGUACAGGAUACUAGAAAGACGGAUCAAAGUUGUUAUUUUGCAGUAUUUGACGGUCAUGGAGGUGCCAAUUGUGCUGAUUAUUUAACUGGUAAUCUUCACAAGAGAAUCGAAGACGUAAAAGCAUCUGACGUAGACGACGUGAUAUUACAGUUUCGGAACAUUGGAGGAUAUUUCCAUCGAUUCAACCCCAGAAUUUUAACUUCCCUUGCCAGCCCAGAAGUAGCCAAACCACCACCACCUCCGCCACGCUCUCGUCCAAGCGAUCGAGAGGAUAUAAAAAAGCCUGCAGGCAGGACACCGCGCAAUUAUUCCUUAUUAACCAAUCAUCCAAUAAACAAUCCAAACUCUUCGCUUUCUCCGGGGCCACAGUCUCAAGAUCAGUCGUUAACGCUGGAACAGCGUUUAACUCUGGCUUUUCUUAAAACCGAUCUCGAAUUACUCGGUCAUGUGGGACAGUCCGUCGGUUCGACAGCGUCAAUAGCAUUAGUUCGACCAUUAGAUAACUUUCCAUUCUGGUCGAGCGAAGAAUUAGAUAUUACUGUUGCACAUAUUGGAGACACGCGUGUUUUGUUAUGUGACGUACCGUCUGGGAACGCUAUCUCGUUAACUUACGAUCAUCACCCAAAUGCAGCUACUGAAUUUGAUAGAUUACGAAAGUCUGGGGGUUAUAUUAUUACAGACUCAUUCGGAUCAGAUAUGGUUUUGGGCCAAGUGGCAAAUACUCGAGCUAUGGGUGAUUCAAAAAUGAAAAAGUAUGGCAUAUCGGCAGAACCAGAAAUUGUUACUCGCAGAGUUGUUGGAAAGGAUUCCGCAUUUCUUGUAUUAGUUUCUGAUGGAAUAACGUCCGUUAUGAGUAACCAGGAGAUAGUGGAUUGUGUGAAACUAGAAAGUGAUCCAACGACAGGUGCAAUAAAAUUAGUAGAUUUUGCAGAGACGCUUGGAUCCGAGGAUAAUAUAACGGCUAUGGUUGUAAGACUGCCUGGUUGGGGAUCUCCAAUGCCAGACCAUACGAUAGAUUUACGUAAUUAUCGACUAGAGAAUGAUGCACCUCAUAUCAGGCGACGCACGUGA